CACUCCCUCCACCGGCCGGCCACCCGGCUCACGUUGUCCCAGCAUCGGUCCCCGCGCGCCCGCUCCCACCGCAGCAUGUUGCGCGCCGCCGCCGCCCGUCUCGGGCCCCGCCUGGGCCGCCGCCUCCUGUCGGCCGCCGCCACCCAGGCGGUACCGGCCCCCAACCAGCAGCCUGAAGUCCUCUACAACCAGAUCUUCAUAAACAAUGAGUGGCAUGACGCUGUCAGCAAGAAGACAUUCCCCACCGUCAAUCCAUCCACUGGAGAAGUCAUCUGUCAGGUAGCUGAAGGAGACAAGGAAGACGUGGACAGGGCAGUGAAGGCUGCGCGGGCCGCCUUCCAGCUGGGCUCACCCUGGCGCCGCAUGGAUGCGUCCGACAGGGGCCGCCUGCUGAACCGCCUGGCCGAUCUGAUUGAGCGGGACCGGACCUACCUGGCAGCCUUGGAGACGCUGGAUAAUGGCAAGCCCUACGUCAUCUCCUACCUGGUGGAUAUGGACAUGGUCCUCAAAUGCCUCCGUUAUUAUGCUGGCUGGGCUGAUAAGUACCACGGGAAGACCAUUCCCAUCGAUGGGGACUUCUUCAGCUAUACCCGUCAUGAACCUGUCGGGGUGUGUGGGCAGAUCAUUCCGUGGAACUUCCCGCUCCUGAUGCAAGCCUGGAAACUGGGCCCAGCCCUGGCGACUGGAAACGUGGUUGUGAUGAAGGUGGCUGAGCAGACCCCACUCACCGCCCUCUACGUGGCCAACCUCAUUAAGGAGGCUGGCUUUCCCCCUGGUGUGGUCAAUAUUAUCCCUGGAUUUGGUCCCACAGCUGGAGCUGCCAUCGCCUCCCAUCAGGAUGUGGACAAAGUAGCCUUCACGGGCUCCACUGAGGUCGGCCACCUAAUCCAGAUUGCUGCAGGGAGCAGUAACCUCAAGAGAGUGACCCUGGAGCUGGGGGGAAAGAGCCCCAAUAUCAUCAUGUCAGAUGCAGACAUGAACUGGGCCGUGGAGCAGGCCCACUUCGCCCUGUUCUUCAACCAGGGCCAGUGCUGCUGUGCGGGCUCCCGGACCUUUGUGCAAGAAGAUGUUUAUGCUGAGUUUGUGGAGCGGAGCGUCGCCCGGGCCAAGUCUCGUGUAGUUGGGAACCCCUUUGACAGCCAGACCGAGCAGGGGCCACAGGUGGACGAAACUCAGUUUAAGAAGAUCCUUGGUUAUAUCAAGUCUGGGAAGGAGGAGGGAGCGAAGCUGCUGUGUGGUGGAGGGGUGGCUGCUGACCGCGGCUACUUCAUCCAGCCCACCGUGUUCGGAGAUGUGCAAGACGGCAUGACCAUCGCCAAGGAGGAGAUCUUUGGGCCAGUGAUGCAGAUCCUGAAGUUCAAGACCAUAGAGGAAGUGAUUGGGAGAGCCAACAAUUCCAAGUAUGGGCUGGCUGCAGCUGUCUUCACCAAGGACUUGGACAAGGCCAAUUAUCUGUCCCAAGCCCUCCAGGCUGGCACUGUGUGGGUCAACUGCUAUGAUGUGUUUGGGGCCCAGUCCCCGUUCGGUGGCUACAAGAUGUCGGGGAGCGGCCGGGAGCUGGGAGAGUACGGGCUGCAGGCGUACACGGAGGUGAAAACGGUCACGAUCAAAGUGCCUCAGAAGAACUCCUGAAGAACUGUGCCGGCUUCCCCAGUCAUCCAGCAGUGGAGAGGUCACGGACAUCAGCAGCAAAACCAAGAAAAUGACCUUGCACACUAAAAGUCUCAAAAGAGAAAUUCUCCCAGAAAAUCUCUUGAUCAAGAAAGUCCCAGAAUUUGAAUUGAUAAAUGGGGUGGGUGUGAGGCAAAGAGUAUAUGGAAAGCCCUUUAAACUGCAACUACAAACUGCUAGCUUUCAAAUCUGAUUUUUUAAAACCAGAUUUGAGUGUUUGGUCCUGUCCAUCUGAUACACUUCUGUAACUUGCCUUUAACGGGGGAUCAAAAGCCAUUCUUUACACUUGUACUAACAAGUCAGAGCAACAGCUAGCAUCUUGCUUUGUAUUCUGGCCUCAGAUUUAUUAAACACAAUGCUGUUCUUCUC